GCCUCACAGCUCCUUCUCAAUAACAAGGUUUCUCUUCUUCUUCUUCUUCUUCUUCUUCUUCUUCUUCUUCUUCUUCUUCUUCUUAAUUAUUACUAUUAGAUACAUAGAAUAAUAAGGAAACCCCAUCUCUGCGAUUAGGGUUUCGAUCAACAGAACGGCAGGGAGGGGAACGUGCGGUGCGUAUAUAUAGCACUCUCUCGGGUGCAAUAAAUAAUAUUCAAGAACCAGCAGUGCCAUUUUUCGUUCUUCUGUUCAUAUUGGUGUGGUUUCAACUUUCAAGCAACAGAAGGAUUAGGGUAAUUAAGCGAUAAUCGAUCAAUGGGGGAGAAGGGAGAAGAGGAGAGGCCGCCGCAGCAACGGAAGCAGCAGCUUACCAUCUUCUACAACGGCAGAGUUUGCGUCUCCGACGUUACAGAAUUCCAAGCGAGGGCGAUAAUGAUGCUGGCGGCGAGCCAGGAAACGGAAGAAAUGUGGAUGACCGCCGACAAGCAACAACACAAGGACGAGAAGAAGACGGAGAGAAACAGCAUAAGGAGCGGCAGUGGAGAGAGUGGAGACGGGUCGAGUUCGGAGCCUCCGUCACCUAGUUCGGGUCACCGUUAUCAUCAUCCACCGCCGCCGCCGCCGCCUCUUCAUUUGCAGCUGUACAGUCCCAACAGUCUCUACAUGAAGAGAUCGCUGCAGAGGUUUCUCCAGAAACGGAAGCAUCGGAUUCAAGACACCGCCUCUCCUUACCAUCACCACCGCCCAUAGCUAGCUAGCUAGCUUUAAUUAACUUGUACGAUUUAGGAGUUUUAGACUAAUUAACAUUCUUUCUCCUUCUUGUUUUCUUCACCUUUCUCUUUUAGCUUAAGCACCUCGAUUUAGGCAUGAGUGAUUUUAGAAGAUUAGUGGUAAUUAAUCUCUGUAACUUGUGCUUUGGUGUGGGAGCCAAAUGUUCUACCUACUGGCUGAGAAGUGAGAUUGAUUCUGUGUCGCUUUCGGGAAGAGGGUUGGAGGAAGUUACCUAGACUAGUACGGGGAAGAAAGCACUGAUCGAUUAAUUAAUUGAUGUCCUUUACUUUUCGAUAACCUAAAUUAUGUACUUUUGUUUGUACACAUAUUAAAAAAAAUGUACAUCGUGUGUUCAUAUGUACUAUAGUACAAUCGAGUGUUAUUUAAUUUUUGUGUUUGAUGAAAGUGAUGUUUCGUUUUAUUAAAGUGAUCCUUGGAAAACAUGGUACAACAUUGAGCACAAUAAAACAAACAAGAUAAAAAUAAAAGAGUAAAUGCAAU